AUGAGCACCUUCACGGAAGCAGUGACAUUGAAGAACGUGACUGUGGUCUUCACUGAGGAGGAGCUGGGACUGCUGGACCCUGCCCAGAAGAAGUUGUAUCGAGAUGUAAUGGUUGAGAUCUUCAGGAACCUGGUGUCAUUGGGUUGCCAACCCUUUAAACAUGAUAUAUGGCACUUCCAAACCAAAAUGAAAAAGACAGCAAUCGAAAGAGAAGGGAAUUCAGGAGGCAAAAAGCCAAUGCAGCUGGAGACUGUUCCACAAGCAGGACCGCACCAGAAACUUUCCAGCUCACAUAUCUGGAAACAGAUUGCAAGUGACUUAAUCAGUUAUCAAGUUUGUAUGAGAAAUAGUUCUCAGUUCUACAAACAAGAAGAUUCAUCUUCUCUAUUUGCCAAAGGACAAUCUAUUAUUCCUAUAGGAGAGAAAACUUACCAGUGUAAUGAGUGUGCAGAGACCUCCAGUUAUAUCUCCAGUUUUGAUCUUCAGCAUCAUUCACACUCAGGAGAGAAGUUUUAUACAUGUAAUGAGUGUGGGAAAAGCUUCUGUUAUGACUCAGGUCUUCAUAAUCAUCAGACACUUCACAUGGGAAUGAACUACUCUACUCAUGAUGAAUGUGAACAUCAGAGAAUCCAUAUUGGGGAGAAAACAUUCACAAGUGAUAUAUGUGGUAAGAACUUUCGACAUAGAGCAGUACUUACUACUCACUGCAUGAUCCACACAGGAGAGAAACUUUACAUAUAUGAGCAGUGUGGGAUACGCUUCGCUCAUAGCCCAUAUCUUUAUACCCAUCAGAGGAGAGUUCACACUGCAGAGAAAACGUACAAAUGCGAGGAGUAUGGGCAAGGCUUUAACUGGAGAUCAGGACUUCAGUUAGUGACCAAUACUGGUGAGAAACCACAUAAAUGUGAAGUCUGUGGGAAGUGCUUCAGUAGGAAAUCAAAUCUUCGAAAUCAUCAUAAAAUCCACACAGGAGAGAAAUCUUAUAAUUGUGAGGAGUGUGGGAAGGGCUUCAGGCAGGCUUCACAUCUUUUGGCCCAUCACAGAGUCCACAGUGGAGAAAAACCAUUUAAAUGUGAAGAGUGUGGUAAGGACUUCCAAAGUAGAUCAAAUCUUGCAACUCAUCAUGUAAUCCACACAGGGAAGAAAUCCUAUAAGUGUGAGGAAUGUGAGAAGAGCUUCAGGCAGGCUUCACAUCUUUUGACCCAUCAGAGAGUCCACACUGGAGAAAAAACAUUCAAAUGUGAAGAGUGUGGGAAGUACUUUGGUACUAGAGCAAAUCUUCAAGUUCAUUAUAGAAUCCACACAGGAGAGAAACCUUUUCAUUGUGAAGAAUGUGGAAAGGCCUUCAGGCAGUCUUCACAUGUAUUUUCCCAUCAGAGAAUCCACACUGGAAAUAAACCCUUCACAUGUGAAGUGUGUGGGAAGAGGUUUUGUCAGAGUUCACAACUUAAAAGCCAUCAAAGAGUUCACAAAAAGAAGCCUUACAAAUGUGAAGAGUAUGGUAAGGGCUUCAAGUGGAAUUUGAAUCUUGACAUGCAUCAAAGGGUUCACACAGAGAAACUUAACUCUGGGGAAUGUGACAAGUACUUCAGUCAGGCCUCAAGUAUUCGAUAUCAUAAAUGUGUCCACAGUGAAGAUGAACUCUGCAAAUGUGUGUGGUAA